GCCACGGCUGCCGGCUGCCGAGAGGCUGGCGGUGCCUGGCAGAGUCGGCGGGUUCUCGGGUUCUCGGGGUGCUGCAUUGUAGCGACCAAAUUCAAUCUUCAUCUUUUAAUAAUUUGCAUAUGAAAGGGGGAGCUGGCUGGACCUCUGCUAGGGCCCCCUCGGUCGCCCCAAGCCCUCCAAUCUUCUCCCACCCUCCAGGAGCCCGGGAGCCCCUCCGGCCUGCGCCCCCUGCAUGCCCUCUCUGCUCCCCAGCCUGAGAACACUAGCUAGCUCAACGACUGGGGUUCCCUGCCACGGAACCCCAGCAAGAGGUCCUAGAGACUCUUGGCUGCCCAGUAGUCCCCGCCACGACUCUGUCCUCUGCCCCCUUGCUGUUGUCCAACUAUUUAUUGACUCCGGGUUUUUCCUGAAACUAUAUUUUGUCAUAUCAAAUAAAGACAAAGAGAGAACAGGACGAAAGACACAGGACUCCUCUCUGUUUGGGGCACGGAUUGGGUGAAAGUGGCUACCUGGGCAGAGGGGUGCAGGGGGAGGCGCACAGCCUUAGAGCCUCUCCUUUAAGAGCAUUUUGAGGAGCUUCUAGGAGUUGAGAAGAGGGACUAAAAUUUUGCUUCUUUCCUGAUCCCUGGGAUAGGGGGCAGGGGAGGGCGCCCAAGCCAUCUGUGCAGGCCCCCCGAGCUGCUGCGCUGGCCAAGGCAGCAGGCCCCACACCCGCUUCCCACCUUGGCUGCGUAUAUCAGACUCUUAGGCUGGCAGCGGCCCCCACGGCCUGCCAGCGUGCAUCUGCCAGGGAUGGUGGUGGCUCCGCAGGGCAGGGCUCUGAGUCAGGCCCUUCUGGGCCUCUUUCGGUGUCUGGAAGGACUGGGUGGUGCCUGUGGGGCUUCACUGGACAGAGAGGGAGGGCUGAUCCUUCAGCCUAGGGUCCCUUUGGUCCCAGAAGGACCCUCAGAAAGAGCUGGCACUGUUCCGUUGAGAGGGUGCUGGGGGAUGGAGGUGUGUCUCAAUUUUCUGAAAUGAUGCGUAAGAGGGGCGCACGGAGUGCACUCUGCAACGUGUACCUGUCUAGCAGGGGGCCUCCAGACUGUCUCCCCCACCUUCUAGGGCCUAGGGCUAUGCAGGACAAUUAGCUGGGAAUGAAACUGCAUAGACCAGUGCCUGAGUCGUCUGUUCACCGUCAUUUAUCUCAGUCUCUGAGAUUUUGUGCGGAGGGGGAGGGUGGCCUAGAGGGAAGGGGAAAGGCAGAUAAUUCAGGUGGUGCCCGAGGCUGCUCUAGGCCCACGCUCUGCUCUGCUCCAGGCUCCUGGGACAGGGUGGGGGAGGAAGUACUUUAUAGGAGAAACAAAUGUGGGAAGGGUCCAUAAAACUUUACUGCAUUUCCUCUCCUGCCUCCCACAAUGGGGUAAUUUCCUGGAGCCAAGCCUAGGCCCCCCACACUGGUUGGGGGGAGGGUUCAGGAGCCUGGCUAGAAGGCUGCUCCCGCAGCAAGAGGGAAAGGGAGCAGAGAGGUUCUGGGGAGGGGCAGGGGGAAUAUUUAUGAUUAUUAAUGCUGAUGUUCCUUGGAUUUAUUAUAAGGACUGACUUCUCUGCAUCCCACUGUCUAAGCUUCCCAGCUGCCCUUUUUUAAAAGACCUGCCAGCCUGAGCCCCUGCUUAACACUUAGGACUUCGCCACAUCUGUGUACUGAACUGUGCCCCCUGCCACCACCCUUCCCCUUUCACACUGCACCCAGCAAAGGUUAGGGUGCCAGUAAUGGUCCUGUCUGCUCUGAACACAGCAGUCAGCCCAGCCAACUCAUCUCCACCUCCUGCUCUCUCUCUCUCUCUCUCUCUCUCUCUCUCUCUCUCUCUCUCUGUCUCUCUCUCUCUCUCUCCCCCCCUCCCUCCCUCUCUAAUAAAAUGUGUAAUUUUCUUCAGGGAGUUAUUUUAAUUUUUUCUCCAUGCUGAGUAAAACUAUUGGGCAGGCAGUGAAGCGAGGAGAAGGACUGGAGUCUCCAAUGGGUAACAGUUAACUAAGAAAGAGGCUGAGACCGGCCCGCGCCAGCCUCCCUGGCUGCGGAGACCCUGCGCUUCCUCCCCAGGGCACUCACUGCCCCGGAAGAACCGAGGGCUGUGCCAGGGGUAAGGGCAACGUUGCUCAGACCCACUGGGCAGGGCGCCUUGGCCCUGCCAGGCACUCAGAGUGUCCUCCUGGCAGGGUCUGGGCCCUCUCUUCCUGGAGGAGCUGGAAUACUGACUCACUGACCAGGCAGGGGAAGACGCAGUCCUGCCUGCCAGUCUCCCACUCCUGCCACAGUCUGCAGGCCUGCGCCCAGGCCCCAGCCUCUGCCUCCGCAGCGACAGCGGCCACAGCCUAGGCAGAGGCCUCCGACCUGCCCCAAGCACUGGGAGUCGGUCUGGCCCCCACACCCUCUCUUCCUUUCUGAGCAAAGGCCUCUGCUUUGCAGCCUGGGGUGGUUCCCGACCAGCCAGACUCCUAGAACACUCUCCAAGUUCCAGGCUUUGGAACUGCUCUGAGGAAGUUAGUGGAGGGGCUUCUGAGUCCCAAACAGAGACCAGGGAGACCUCUUCACGCUGCCCUGAAACCCACCCACUCUGGUAUUGAGAAAAAAGGGGAAGAAGCGUGACUUACCUUCCUGGGGGAGUGGGCAGAGGGGGGACACCGCCCACUCUGAGCAAUUAGAGGAGAGAGGAGGAGAAAAAUGAGAGGAAAAAAAUAUCAACACGACCUCGAAGGCGACAGGUCCUUAUGGAAAUAAGUUAGUAAGUAAAUAAAUAAAUAAGGAUCCACCCUCUCCCCCCCCACCCUGCAGGGGGGGUGUGGGGGUGGGGCAAGGAGGAGCACCCGGGCUUUUUAGUGUCACUGAGCAUUAGAGAAACACGCAUGGCUUCUAUGUGAAUUUAGGAGUUUGAAACUUUUGGAGGUUAUUUAUGUGAAUGGCCUGAAGGCAAGGCCGUGAGUGGCUCUUGGGGGACCACGUGAUGUCAUUAAACCAAGUUUUAUGGUGUAGGGAGAGCUGACAAACCCACAAUAUAUUUACAUCAUAUAUAAUCUUAACUGUCCAGCCACGCAGCUGCUGGUGAGGUUUAAUGCUAGGACAGAGGGCCUGGCAGUUAGAGGGGAUUACGGCGCUGGGGAUGGUGGUGAGAGAGGUUACAUCUUCGCAAAUGAAUCCCAGGCGAAUGCUCGGGGGCUCAACCCCCAGACCUCCAGAAAUGACGUCAGAAUCAUUUGCAUCCCGCUGCCUCCACCUGCCCGGUCCAGCUGGGACCCAGCCUCGCCUGCCCCAUGGCCAGAGGGUUGGAAAUUAAUGAUCAUGAGCUCGUAUUUGAUGGACUCUAACUACAUCGAUCCGAAAUUUCCUCCAUGCGAAGAAUAUUCGCAAAAUAGCUACAUCCCUGAGCACAGUCCGGAAUAUUACGGCCGGACCAGGGAAUCGGGAUUCCAGCAUCACCACCAGGAGCUGUACCCACCACCGCCUCCGCGCCCUAGCUACCCCGAGCGCCAGUAUAGCUGCACCAGCCUCCAGGGCCCGGGCGCCGCGCGAGGCCACGGGCCGGCCCAGGCGGGGCACCACCACCCCGAGAAAUCGCAGCCGCUCUGCGAGCCGGCGCCCCUGCCAGGCGCCUCCGCGUCCCCGUCCCCAGCCCCGCCGGCCUGCAGCCAGCCGGCCCCCGACCACCCCUCCAGCGCCGCCAGCAAGCAGCCCAUAGUCUACCCAUGGAUGAAAAAAAUCCACGUUAGCACGGUGAACCCCAAUUAUAACGGAGGGGAACCCAAGCGCUCGAGGACAGCCUACACCCGGCAGCAGGUCCUGGAAUUGGAGAAAGAGUUUCAUUACAACCGCUACCUGACUCGGAGGAGACGCAUCGAGAUCGCCCACUCGCUGUGCCUCUCUGAGAGGCAGAUCAAAAUCUGGUUCCAAAACCGGCGCAUGAAAUGGAAGAAGGACCACCGGCUCCCCAACACCAAAGUCAGGUCAGCGCCCCCGGCCGGCGCUGCGCCCAGCACCCUGUCGGCGGCCACGCCGGGCACUUCUGAGGACCCCUCCCAGAGCAGCACGCCGCCGGAGCCGCGGGCAGAGGACAUCACCAGGUUAUAAGACAUAACUCACGCCCUGCCCCACCCCUGCCCGGUCCCCUCCUCACACACAAAUUGACUCUUAUUUAUAGAAUUUAAUAUAUAUAUAUUUUUGGUUCUUUUUCUCUCCUCCUGCCACCUUCUCCCUCGUCCAUUCCAAACAGACAGAACAGAUAAACAAACAAGCCCCCAGCCCUUGUCUCCCUUCCACGGUUAAGGCCCCUUGUGAGCAUGUGAUAUUGUCUUAGCAUGGUACCUGCUGGGUUUUUUUUAAAGGCCAUUUUGGGGGGUUAUUUAUUUUUUAAGGAAAAAAAAAAGCUGUAAAAAUUAUAUAUUGCCAGGUGCGAUGGUCUGGUUUGGGUGGAUUUCAGGGGAAAUGAGGAAAAGAAAAAAGGAAAGAGAUUUUUAAGCCAAUUCUCCUCCUCCUCCUAUCCCCCCCACCCCUCCCUUUCCUUAGGCCGUUUGCAUUGAAAAUGCACCAGGGGAGGUUAGUGAGGGGAAGUCAUUUUAAGGAGAACAAAGCUAUGAAGUUCUUUUGUAUUAUUGUUGGGGGGGGCUGGGAGGCGCAGGGGGAAGACAGCAGACAAAGCUAAAUGCAUCUGGAGAGCCUCUCAGAGCUGUUGGUUUGGAGAGCCAAAAGAAAAUAAAAAUGAACUUUGAGUGCAGAGAGGCAGGCUAUAGGUAGGACCCCACCCCCACCCCCGUCGUGGUUAUUGUGUCUUUGGACUGAAUUUACUUGAUUAUUGUAAAACUUGCAAUAAAGAAUUUUAGUGUCGAUGUGAAAUGCCCCGUGAUCAAUAAUAAACCAGUGGAUGUGAAUUAGUUUUA